CAUGCGAUGACGUUGCCACCAAUAGUCGUGUCACAAUGUGCGUGUGUGUACUGGGUACAUGAUGUCUCUGUGUUUCCUGUUUCUCACUCCACUUCUCUGAAGACUCCAAAGAACUGACAUCUCUGACCUACAAACACGCAAACACAAAGACAGGCUUCCUUUAAACCUAUAUUUGACUCAGAUUGAAAGGAAGUCUACAGGUGGUUCAGAGUCACAAUGCCUCAUCCUGUUGGUGAAUUCAGUGGUAUCCUCACCGGGUGAUAUACUGUGACACUCUGACUUUUUCCUCCCAAUGAGUGAAACUAACACUCACUCAAGUUGGUUGUUGAACUUCCUCAGGGUCGACUCAUCCAACAUGGACUUUAUCUUGGUUUUUUCACUGAUACUUGCCUUCCUUCCCCCUGGACAGACAGAACAAACCACCAAACCAAAUUUAUGUCGUGAAAAGUGCCCAGCUGGUUAUUAUAGAGUUGAUUCCUGUGGAACAGAAGUACAACAGAUGUACAAAUGUGAAAGAUGUAAUAAUGGCACAUACACAGAAAUAGAAAACACUGUCUCUAAAUGCAACAGGUGUGACACAUGUUAUUCUCAGCAUCAUGUGGUAAUAAAGCCCUGCUCCACAGAUAGUAAUGUGCAAUGUGACUGUGAAGAUGGAUAUUACAAUGCAAAUGCUGGGGGCGAAGACUUGGAUUGCAAGCAAUGCCUCUGUGAACACUGUGAAGGGCUUAAUAACUCUGACUACAAAAAGAAGUGCGAGCCCUGCCAAAGGGCUAAGUGUCUGAAAGACCCAGAAUGCAAGAGGAUUUGUCUAAAUGUAUCUACAACCCCAUCUACACCUCCAUCUGUAACUCCAUCUGCAACUCCAUCUAUAACUCCAUCUGCAACUCCAUCUACACCUUUGAACCUAAUGCCCUGGCUUUUUCUCAUCGGGGUUUUGAUGACAUUUAUGCUGCUCUUUUGGCUCCUGCUGCUCUUCACCAGGAACUCACUCAGAUACCCUCAUUAUUGUCCAUGCUGGAGUGUGAACAAGGACCUGCAGCCACCUCCCGAGGACCCCAAAUUCAAUGAACAUCGCAGUCAUCAAGACGGCAGCCCGACUACGCUGACAUUUACCAUAUCUGAGGAAACCCCCAUGAUGUCUCUAAAUCUGAGUCCAGCCACACCAGAACAUCCAGCCCACGUCAGUCCGCUACUGCCUGAUGCUGAACACAAAGCUGACAGACAACAUGAGCAAUCGGGGCACUGGCCGGCCAUCGUCCUCUAUACAAUUAUCAAGGAGGUGCCGUUGCGCCGGUGGAAGGAGUUCUUGCGUCUGCUCUCGGUGGCUGAUCAGCAGCUGGAGCGGGUGGAGCUGGAGGCCGGUUUAGGUCUGGGCUCCACAGAGAAGCAGUACCAGAUGCUGAGGCUGUGGAGCCAGUGGUCCUCUGCGAGCCUGAAUGAUGUUUUCUCAGCCUUGCACUACAUGGAUUUAUCCGGCUGCGCUCAGCUGCUGCAGGAAAGCCUGGAGAAGCUGCAGUGGAGGCCUGAACUGAAGCAAGGUUUCACACAACAUGGUUUGAAUGGGGCAAUGCAGGACACCUGAGGCCGCACCUCGGGACACACAGUACCACACUAUCAUGCAAUAAGAGACAUCAGUACUUGGACGCCAGUGUGUAGGACUAGAAACUUCAAGUUCCUAGAAUUAUGUUAUUAACUGUUGGUACUACAUGGUACAACCACAGACCACAAUAAUGUCACAUAUGACUGAUACUGAGUAAUGUAGAUGUAUAUUACAGUCUGGCUAAGAGUUAAAUGGCAUUAUAAAGCACUGUGGACAUAGGCCCAACUACAAUUUGAUGUUGUCCUCUUUUCCUACUUCUUUUUAUGGGUUAAUAUAAUGACAUACAAUCAAGACAAGUGUAUAAUAUUUUCUUUCUUGAGUCUGUAUUGAGUUGAGCUUUAUUUUACCUCCUUAUUGACACUUUAAAUACAGAAUGUACAUAUAGAAAGUAAUAAAGUCACAGAGUCAGCUGCACAACUGGAGCUUGGGUUAUUAAGUGGAUUCAUCAAAUGCAUGUGACGACAAGAACACUUUUGUUGAAGAAGGACAUCACAUAACGUUCAGGCAGAACUCUAGUAAUCGAGGUCGAGAAAAAGAAUGAAAAAAAGAAUGAAGGGGAAAUACCCUUCCUUUAGCUAUACUCACAUAACGCCAUUUAGCACACAACUUAACCUCCAGCUUCUGUGCGGUGUCUCUCAAAGGCCAACCGUGGAAAGCUGUGGUUUUACAGCAGAGUGCUGAAAUGUAAAUGUAACUCAAUGAAUUUGUAUGUGUGCACAGAAAACACAGGAAGUAGUGAAUAGGAAUAUGUUUGAAUUGUUACGAAGUGUAGAAGGUUUUUUUUUAUACUUCCACAAAUUGGUGCUUAAUUUUCUGUGUUUUUGUUUUAGUAUUUCACUUGUCAAGUAGUUCAGUUUGAGUAUAUAAACUGUGUGAACAUUUCAGUGUACAUCUGUGAUGUUUUAGCAGCAUUGCUGCAAUUCCUUUCACCAUGUCUGACAUCUCCUUUAACAUAAACAGCUCAGCCACUGAUUCUAGUUGUGCACCCUCGCAAGAGAAGAAAACUGAAAUCCCCACAGGAUGUCUGGUUUUCAGUUUCCUGCAAAUACAUUGUGUCAAUGUGCAGUAGGCUGGGUUUUUCCUCACCACACAUAUUCCAUCCAACCUGAUGGUUUCCUGUUGUGAGUUUGGGGUAUCUCACUUUGAGAGUUUCGUGUGUAAGUUCAGUUACUGACAGUAAAGGAUCUGGACUUUCCAAUUAAUGGAAUUUAAUGAAUGUUUUAAGAUGAAUGUAGGUCUGUGUUUUUUGGUUUUGGGCCUUGAGACGUGUGUAUGUAUAUUGUAUUAUUAUUAUUUUUCAUUUUCUGAAACUACUUAUGGAUGCUUGUAUGUGUUGUUACAAAGCUCAAUGAGUGUAUUAUCAUACGGUCAGGGUUAGGUUUUUAUCCUCACUGGAGUCACGGAUGGUACAAAUGUAUGGUAACAUGGUACUGUAAGAGCCUUAGUCAAAAUGUCAUUGUACAGUUAUGUCAUGAAUAAAAAUUC